AUGGAAUUUUACGAUCCUGUGGUUGAUCAGAGUAACGAGGCUUUGAAGGGCCCCUCUGAAGAAAACAAAACUGACGAAGCAGUGUUGAAGUUAGAAGAUGAAAUUGAUAAAGUGUAUUCAUCAAUUGAAAAUAAAUUCCAGUAUUUAUGGUCAACUUCACCUGGGACAGCUAAAAAUUCUGACAAAUCAGUGAAGCUAGAAAACCACAAAAAGGAAAUAGUAGACCAAUUGAAUAAAGUUCGAGAAAACGUCACUGAUAAUGCAAAGGUCAAAGAAGGCUUAAGCCAAAUUGAAGACCAGCUAAGGAAUCUACAUGUACCCGAAGUAGAUUUGAAAAAGCUACAAAGCCUGGCUACGACUGCACUUGAUAGCCUUGACUCGACUUUAGAAAAAGUCGAGAAACAAGCAGGGUUAUACGUCAGCCAAUUUGCUUCUAUGUUCUCUAACAUAAUUCAAGUUAGCCCUGAGGAAGAACGACAAGAAGCAAAAAUUCAAGAGAGGGAAACUUUAUUUACUUCACCAUUAGGAAAUAACGAUAAUUACGGGUCCACUCGUUUUGAUAAUGAGCUAUUGGAAUUGCACACGUCAAAGACACCUUAUUUAUCUGCGGUGUUAGAUAAGGAAGAAGAACUCAAGACUUUCAAUGCGGAUUCUAGAACCUCACAAAUAUCUGACUUGCUAGACAAAUAUCCAAACACUCUCACGAAGUUAAUGAACAGCAUAGUACCCGUUAGUGUGCCUUAUAAUGUUUUUUGGUAUCGAUACUUCAAGAAUGUUGAUAAAUUAAAAGAAUCAGAGCAGGCUCGACGAGAACUUUUGAAUAACAAAGAUUUGCAUGAUGGAAAUAGCGAGCAAAUAAACAAUGAAGCUGAUGAAGAGGAGAAUUUCACAUGGGAUGAUGAAGAUGAUGAUGAAGUCGUUGAUGUUGCAAAGGAAGCUGGGGACCGCACUUCAGAGCUGAAAUCAACUUUAAGUGAAGACGGUGAAGAAGAAGAAGAAGAAGAAGAUGAUGAUGACGAUGAUGACUGGGAAUAA